AUGGAUCGCACAACUGUGGUAGUUAUGAAAGCAGCAAGACAUAAAAGACAAAAGCUCAGAAUACACCUUCCCCCUGAAAGGAAAACCCAACACUACCACAAAGUCCAGAAGCAGUCUGGAAAAAUGAGGAAAGAGAAAAAUACUCAAUCACAAAAAGAUGACGAGGGGCUAGGCCGCUGCAUGAGUCUGGAAAGCUCCAACUGCAAAUCACUGGACAGCUGCAAUAGUGGCUUCAGCCUGGAGGAUACAGAAUACCUGGACAAAGCAUUGCAGCUCAACUUUGACCAACUCAGUGGCACAGAGGACAAGUACCUAUUUAUCAGUCUGAUGCAGCUGCUCCAGGAGACUCUGAGCCAGGCCAAGCAGGCCAUCAAGUGGGCGGCCCACCUUCUGAUGCCCAAUCAGCUAGUGGCCCAGGUUGGCAAGAAGCUCCUACACCUGGCCUACAGCAAGCCCUUUGAGGCCCUGCUAGACACCUGCGUGGAGCAGGGUUAGAGCAGCUACACCAUGGAGCAGGUGGACGUGAACACUGGAUUGGACCACCAGUUGACCCUGGAGCUGAGAUUAGAUUCUUGCCUCUAACCCAAGAUCCAAGGACUUUUCAGCACCGGGCUGUCCUCCUUCAUCCCUGGUUUCAGCCAGUCCCUUAGCCUGAGCACCAGCUUCUGAAUCAUUAAGAAACUGUGUGAUUCAGAGCAACUUCUCCUCAAAGAAUACUGAGAACCCAGUCUUGCCUCUACCCACAGGACAGUAGAGGAAGAAAGGAGAGAGGGGCGCCGCAAGCUAGCUGAGGUGGGGAAGGGCUGGGGAUGUCUUUGUGCACAACUGACUAGAGCCACCAC